UGAUGCCAAGCUAAUCCCAUUCUGUUCCGUUGAAAUAAAUUGCCAGUGUGUGACAAGUUACAUGUACUGUAUAUUGUCAUUUAAGUAUGUGUUUACCAGGUGAAAAUGCACAUAGCCAAAGUUGGAUUUUGUGUCGUUGCGUAGUUGCAGAAAUUCGACACUUUGCAGGGUUCUUUCUGUGUUAAAGGUGAAGGAGGAUCUUCUGUGAUGUCUCUGACUUUUCGCUCUGCGUGAAAGGGUUUUUUAAGAGAAAGACAAAAAGCCAAUACAGUAAAUUUGUGCAUACCUGAUUUAGUGUGUCAGGGUGUUGUUACGCACGCUUGAUAUCCGUAAGACGUCUUUCAUAUCAACUCUGUAUUUCAACUAGGGCUGUCUUCAUAUAGUCGAAGAUGUGAUUCAGAGGAGUUUGAUUUCACUAUUUACCCCGCAGGGAGGAAGGCGAGUUAAUACCUGCUUUGGCCCGGCAUACAGCAGGUGUGUUGGAAGGAUACAUCGAUUGCGUUCAUCACCGCGUCGUCUUUAAAUAUUAAUAAAAGACUCUUGUGUCCAGACAAGUAGUUUUUAGAAAGUAAGAGAGUGUUGCUUCCUGGUGUGAUGUCACGUUAUCAGCUAGCUAUGUAUUGGUCGCUCACAUCCCUAACUCUAUAACAGUGGUUCUCAAACUUUGUUCCCCCCAAGAAUCACCUAAGAAAAAAACUUGGCUCUCCAAGCACCACCAUAAUGGCUGACCCACAUUAAAAUACAGUAGCGUCGUAGGCCUAGGUAUUCAUUAAAACAGGCCAAAGGUUUUAUUUAACAAGAACAUUUAAUAUUUUUGGCUUCAGUAACAUUACACACAGUUUAAAAAUAGGAAAAUAAAACUGUACUUAAAUCAAGUGAUUAUUUGGUGUAACACUAAUGGUACGCGUACCACAGUUUGAGUAUCAAGGCUCUAUAUAAUCUUUUUGUCUGCAAAACAAUAUUUUACUAGUAUUGUUGGGAGGAUGUUUCUAAAUAGGUGACGUGAUUGAGGCUCUUCGGGACGCGCUGCCAUCAGACACGAAGCUCGUCGAGGCCAUGAGGUGUAGCGCUUUUUUUUUGCAAAGGUAACAACCCUUUCAUUUGUUUGCAUACGGAACGUUACGGAUUUUCUUUCUCUAUUUAAUAAAGUGUGAUAUGUCCCCUUAAUGCUGUGACUUAUAGAGCCGAAAACCUCCCCAACGCCACCUUUUUUGAGAUAAAAAAAAAAGUUGCAAAUUACAUUUUGGUUUUGUUCACUUAAAUGAAAGACUACUUUUAAUAUGUAUUAACUUUCGGAAAUUCACUGUAUAAGACAAGUGAUAGAGCACAUCCAGCAUGUUACUGACACCUAGUGACCAGUCAGUAUACACUAGUACUUGUCUGUUUAUUUUUAUUAUUUAAAUGCCGUGGAGUCGACGGAUAGUUGACGAGAGCAAAGUCUAACAAUUCAGAUUUGACUUUGAAAAAAACAGUGGUGUGCCGUCAGGGCCAGCAAGGCCUUCUCUGCUGGCCUAACAUAACCAGAAAUCAUGAUCAUAAUUAAAGAUAGAAUAAAAAUAUAUAUAUUUGCUUUCCCUAAAUAUCUAAAAGUAUUCAUAUUCUCUUCAUGUUAUAUUAUCCUCCUUCCAGUGCUGUUGUUUUUAGGUUAGAGUUUUUAUUCUUCAGAAUCAGCAAUGCGUCUGUGCACUGUAAGUGAACGGGCACAUACAGUUAAUAGAUAAUUGCGAUAGCCAAUUAGAUCACAAGUUGUCAGUAAGACUUUCUAGCUGGCCUCACGUUGGACGUGACAUUUACGCGUCCUGUGAUUGGAUACUCACUGGUUUGAGCCGCGGCGGUGCUAUGCAGAUCAGCAGAGCCACACCCGUUAGCGGAUUAAUUUAAUGUAAACGAACAGAACACAUAGCAGUUGCGAUAGCUAAUCAGAUCACAAGUUGUUGACAGUAGCCUAUCUAGGUAGCCUGACGUUAACAAGACUGAUUAGAUACUUGUCACUCCAAAGUGAGUAUCCAAUCACAAAUUGCAAUUUACUGAAGCAGGAAGUGUUGUACCGUAGCCUAGCAAAGAAAUCACCAAUACUCACUUUUUUAACCCACAAAGAAGGAGAACAAAACGUUGAUUAAGUGGCAGAUAUAUAUUUGCAAGGCCAUUUUCAAGAAGGAUAUUUAAAGAGAAACUACAUCUUGUGAGACAACAUCAGCCAACCCUGGAAGCUACCUCAGCUGUCCUGGUCUUGAAAUGGUGAAAUGCCUGCCAUUUCCACUCGAAUCAACCGACUACGAGUGGUACCACUGGCUUAUACUGCGUUGAAUGGGUGCUACACGUUGUGAGUUUUGACACUACAACAUAAGUUAUCUUUUAAUAGCUGAUCCGGGUUUAUUGAUUUUUAAAUGCGCCAGAAAAUAGCCCGUUUUGUACACUAUUGAGGUGAUUCAAUGAUUCAAUGACCAGUAGUGCGUAAAUGUGUUUCUGUGUAGUAUUUCUCCAGCAAUGGUGAUAUAAAUGGUGGUAUUUUGAGAGGUAAUCAUUGAAGUCUGACAUCACUGAAGGCCUAACGCAUGGCCCGCCACUGGAAAAAACAUAGUGGAAGACAGCCCUAAUUUGAACACAGCAUGCGGUGUGAGGGUGUGUUGUAUAAAUACUUGACAGAGCGACAAUAGCUUAUACACCACGGGAGAGGUGAGGUUUAUACCCGCCUCUGUUACGGCUCUGACGCUACCUCCAAAAGUGGAAAAUUGCCCGGAUCGUUGCCUUUCAUACAAAACGGCGACAUGAAAAAAAAUGCCAGCUUUUAAGAGCAUGUGGUUGUUCUCUCAUUCACAUUUCAGAAGAAUUCCACAAUGACCCAUUGGAUCUUUUUAGAUGGUACUGUCUGUGAGUGAAGUUAUUUUAUAUAUUGUCCAUAUAUUUGAGUCCGAUAGAGACAAAAAAGGGGGUUACAAUGUAUCAGGUAGCGAUGGUUGAGUCAUGGAAUAAUGAAGCCAUAUUCCAUCCAUCCAUUUUCUACCGCCUAUUCCAUUAUUGGUUAAUUAAAUAAAAGCAUAUGCAUUUGCUUUACAUGUUGCGGUAUACUGGGGUUUUUUUCACUGUCUUCCAGUCAUUAAUCAGAACCCUUUGUGACAUUUUCACUCUUAUCCUGGUUGUUUUUGCACUUAAUUUGAAAGAAGGGCCAUACACCAGCAAUAAGACUGUUGUAUAUUAUUUAAAUUAAGAUGCUUUCUCAUGCAUGACUUGAUAUAUUUCUAAUGUUAAUACGUUUAAAUUGGCUAUAUUUGAUGUCUGUACCCUACAGUCACACUUUCAAAAUUGAGAAAACAAACGUUACAAAAAUUGCAUUUUACUGAGGAUAACUCGCAUCUAGCUUUUAUUGAAGAAUAAUCUGACAAAUUAUUUAAUGUAUUACUGGAAGUGUAAUUGUAAAAAGAUUGAAAGAGGUUUCACAAUGUGCACUGGACUGAUGGAAUUAUUCAUAAUGAAUUGCAUUUAUAACAUAUGUAUAAACAGUUUUUGUCUUUUGAAAAUGUGAAUAUUUUACCAUACGGAAUAAUUUGAAUAUAUGUGCACCCUUCAAAAGAAUAAAAUAUUAAAGUAAUACGUUUGUAUAUUCUUCUGACGUCUUAUUUGCAUUUUAACAAACAUCUGCCUACUACACUAAUCAGCUUUUAUUAUUUCGUAAGUAUAUCUAAUUAUUAAAAUGUGUAACUGCUGCUGCUGUUACUUCCAAUUCUUAACGAACCUAUCCUCGCGACCAUAUCCCAUAACCUCCGUUUCCACGGAGACGAUGUUGCCAUGACGACAGGCUACAAACACAGCUCCGCCAUGAUGACUUCGGAAGUUUAUUGAAGCGUCGACAUCCUGUCUUGUUGGAGAUUUCAAAGGCUACAUUUUUCCAACUUUGGUCCUAAAAGGAUCAUUUAAACUGGUUCAACCUUUAAAAUUAAAACAAGGUUGUCCAUGUAUAACAUAAAAAGUUCGACGAGUUCAGAAAUGGCGUCUGUUUCUGGCAGUGCGAGGAAACUCAGAAAGAAGCCACUCGUGUUAAAACUGACCAAUGCUUCACAGCUUCCGCAGAACACUAAUUGCCUGGCGUGUUCAGAUGAUGGCAGAUAUCUCUGCUUAGGUCAUGCGGGGGGCUUGUCUGUGUGGUGCGCGACUACACUGAACCAUGAGGCCCAGUGGCUGCAGGAAAGGCUUGAGAUUACGUGCCUUCACAUGACCACCACCGGCGAGACCUUUUAUCUGCUGGCCAGUAUUGAUGAUAUGGGUGUUGCCAGAGUCUUUAUGUUUAACUUGGAAUGUAUUUAUCCUUUCAGCGUUAUUAACUCAUUGGAGGAUAUCAACAAAAGAAAUGUUUGUUUCAACUUUGAAAUAUCUGAAGGAGGCGACUAUGGAGCUGCAUCAAUGAGGUGCAACACCGAUAUUUGGCUGGAUAUCUAUUACUUUCCAGUAGAGGACUGGAUGAGAGAGUUAAAGGAUCCCAAACUCUCUGCAAACAUGAAAUGGUCUCCAGCUCCUCGGGUGAAUAAAAUCAUGCCAUCAGCAGCGACCAUGACGGAUUUCUCCAACAUGUUAACUCACUGUUUGGUUCUAGAUGACACGAACGAGCCUCCUAGACAUUGCACUUAUCACUUUCUCCUGAAAUGUGGUCACUCUCAUGGCCAGAAUAAACCAAAGUCAGGAUGUCCCAUAACUGUAUGUUUUUGGUGGAAUGGAAGUUACAAUCUUCUCUACCACAUGCUGUCCAAAACAACAAAGUUCAAACAAGAACCUCAGCCAUCUGUGCUGUGGCCCAACGCAGCAGAAAUCGUAUGCUCCGCCGUCAGCAGAUGCACUCGUUUCAUUGCGCUUGGCCUCAGCAACACUCUUGUGUGUGUCUGGGACAGGCUAGCUGGCGCUCCCUUGUCAGUCUGUACGCUGUCAACAGACAGCGCCUUCCUCAGGCUGCAGUUUGCGGAUUAUUGCCUUGCAUGCACUGAUAUUACCCAGACUUUAACCACAGGUGAAAUCCGCCUUGUGGUGGUUUGUAAAAGUGGAGCAGUUUAUAUUAUGAAUACAAGGAGAGGAAAAGCAACCCGCUCAGUGCAACUCUCGCAAAGGUCGAAAGACAGUGGUGAUAUGCUGACUGUUACUGCAUCAGUGGCAUUUCUGCGGGGCUUGGUAGGAAAACAGCUUACUACUUCACUUUUGGUGCAUCGUAAUGGGAAAAUGUUCAUGCAAGAUGUCGUCAAUGGAGCCACAGUAUGUGCCCUGAUUCCUCCCACCAAUCAUCUGCUGGCUACCCACUGCACUCCUGUUUACGCUCUGAACGUCAAGCAGCACAUUCUGUAUAUGCAAGGUGUCCAGGAGUCCACCCUUUGCAGUUCAUCCAUAGGAGAUGAACGUCCGAGUCAACUCCUCGUUCUACGUUUCGACGAGCACGACGUCACCAAGCCAUAUGUUGUGUCACAACCACAAUCUCCAAGGCUACAAGCAAUAAGUGUGACCGGCGAAGAAGCUUGCAACGAUUAUCUCCAUGAAAGAGCUCUGUCAAUGGAGGAAAGGCACAAAUCCAUAACGCAGACAUGGAAGCGACUGCAGGAGACAGUGGCUUCUGAUCUGCAGUAAAACCUGUGGAGGCCCUUGCGGAAAUGAAUUGUGAAGAGGCCGUAGAUGAGCGGGUCCAGGCAGGCGUUGACCAGCCCGAAGAUGAACAGGAGGUGGGUCAGCGAGUGGGAGACCUUCCCUUCCAGGUCAUCUGGGAGGAACCAGUACCACAGACCCAGCAGGGUUCUCAUGCGAGCUCUUGGGAUGUUGUUUUUGGAGCAGCGCAAAUGCACCUCACCGGAGGAUACUGGCAGGGAGAAAAAAACUCAAUGAAUGUAACUUGACUUAGAAAUUAUUGCUGAUAGAACUCACUGUUGUUCUUUUUCAGCCGCUUGGAGAUCUCAAAGAGGAUCCUGGUGUAGCACGUGAUCAUGAUGGCCAGCGGCAGCAGGAACUGGCAAGAGAAGAACGGGGCCAUACUUGCAGCGCAUGAUCUGCAUAGAUGGAGGGGCGGCCCUUAAAUGUGCCAGCGAGCUCACCUGAGGGACGGACAGCAAGACGCUCAUGGUCCAAGCCACCGUCAGCAUGACCGUGUUCCUCUUCCUGGCUUCGUUGAUGGCGAGCGGGUUCAGGAUGGCCGACUGGCGGUCCAGACUGAUCACCACGGUGACGAAGGCGCCGGAGUACAUGGCUUGGAGCUUGAGGAACAUCAGCACCCUGCAGGCCACAUCUCCCGCCAACCACUGCACUGUGAUGUUCCACACGGCGUCCACCGGCAUCACGAUGAAAGUGACCAACAGGUCCGCCAACGUCAGAUUGAUGAUCAGCACCCUGACGUGGGACUUCCGUUUGCCAUCCGCGUAGGCCGCCCGCAGCACGGCCAGGUUGCAGAAGGCCGACAGACCGCACAGGAUGAAGGUGAUGAUCACUCGGACUUUGGCGGCCGUGGUGAAAGUGGGCAGCUGCAGGUGGUCAUCCAGGCACGGCCAGGAGGAGACAUUGCAGCUGGUGUUGCCGAGCUGUAGGUCUGCGCUCAGUUGAUGCAUGCUAGUGCCCAUUUUCCUGGGGAGGGGGCAUUCUGCUCAAGCGUGAAGGUCAGUGUUGGUCACACAAAGACAUCAAAAACAUCCAUGACUCACAAGCUGUGCACUACAUGCAAAUCAUCUUUUGUCAUUUAGCACAACUACAAACGCUUCAUCAAUUACUCAUACGGACGUCAUGUUUGCUGGGGGGGUAGGAAAGCAUGGUUACAAUUUUGCUCAUACAUACAUUAAAGGUCUCAGAGGUCCCACAAUAGUAUUGGAAGUACCUUGUCCAAAAUCUAGUCUUGAUGCAGGAACGUUUUAAAGUGCUUUUUGGUUAGCCUUGUGGGAAUACGCCAUUAUGUGUCUGUAGCUUUAAUGCUAAUGAGCUGUGUUGUCUCCAUCUAAGGGCCUGAUUUACUAAAGGUUUGCGUGUACUAAAAACACAUGCAAACUUGAUAGCGCACGGGCGCACGUGCAAUUUGAUACAUCAACACUGUCUCACCAACAUUUUACAAGCACUUUUUUGCUUUUUAUUUAGCUCAUGUCAGAACAACAUGCAAACUGACAGUUCCACACACAGAUGCAGGAUCAGUGCUCGCGCUGCACGAUGGACAGACGAGAAUCUUCCAUCCUGCGUGCGUGUGUCAACAAUUUGGAUGGCCAGAAGUAAAAAAUAUUAGCCAUAUUGUCUUUUUAGUGUUUUGGUGUCUGCUGGGGGUUUUUUUUAUGUUUGUUUUCUUUAAUUUAGGAAAUAUAUUACUAUAAUAUAUCCCAAAAGGGACAAGCGGUAGAAAAUGGAUGGAUGGAUGGAUAUCUCCAACAAGCAAAUGUCUUUCAUUGUGCAUUUUUUUUAAUGUGAGUCAUUCUAGCGCACAGAUGCGCUGGUGAUGCGAUUCACAGCAGAGCGCUCAGAAAUAAGUGUCAGUCUGCAUAUGUUUCUGUUGUUUGGAUUGCAAUUCAGAAAAAGUGUUACAGAUUAUAGAUGUGCGCUGCUGGUUCGCCACAUGGCACGCAGGUAGGAGCAUGAUAACAUGGAUGUGCAGAAAAUUAUCAAGUGUCUCCGGAGUUAAAGCCUUGUAUGCACGCAAAAUCCUCAUUUAAAUAGUGUUAUCAGAUCACGCGCAACACGCCCAGUCAUAGUACUCGCAAUGUUAUAUUUUGCACACGCUGUCUUGCACAAGGUAUUUGGAUCUUAGUCAAUCAGGCCCUAAGCGUGUGGCUACCAGAAACGCUAUUGUACAGGGCUUUUCAUGUAUGCAUUAUGGGCCUGAUCUACUAAAGGUUUGCGUGUACUAAAACAUACGCAAACUUGAUCGCACACGCAAAGCUGAUCUACUAAACUUGUGUGCAGAUUGCGUCUCUUAAGUGAGCCGAACAAGGAGCACAAUCUAUUUAGCGUGUCUGUUUUCAUGAAUAUGUAGAAUAUAUGCUCAUCAUCAGAACGCCCACAAUACUGACAGGAGAAACUGCUAUUAUAAUUAUUCUGCACACGCGGUUUCAUUUACCAAGAAUAAAACUCAACUGCGAGCACUAUUUUGCAUCUUUAUUUAGCACUUCUGAAAAGUAUGUUCAAACUGACAUAGUUACACACACGCCUGUGAGAAAGGAGACGAUUGCAUAGCAGCCCAGACUAUGUACGCUUGCCAACAUAUUUGA